AUGCGUGAUGCUUUUGCUGUGAAAGAUCUUGGCAAGUUACAUUUUUUCCUUGGGAUUGAAGUUCAUCAUCAGCCUUCUAGCCUUGUUCUCACGCAGAAGAAAUAUGCUAUUGAUCUUCUUCAGCGAGCCGGCAUGUUGAAGUGCACUCCUGCCUCCACACCUAUGACUGUUGUUGACAGGCUUUCUGCACAUGAAGGCACAUUACUAUCUGCUGAUGCUGCUACCAGAUAUCGAAGUGUGGUUGGUGGGUUGCAAUAUCUCACUCUUACAAGGCCGGAUUUGUCUUUUGCAGUCAACAAAGUGUGCCAGUUCCUUCAUGCUCCGAGAGAUACUCAUUGGACUGCAGUUAAGCGUAUUCUUCGGUUUGUGCGCUUCACGGUGUCUCAUGGAUUGACUAUCCGCGCCACUCAUGAUUCUCUUAUUUCUGCAUUUUCUGAUGCGGAUUGGGCUGGCAACUUGGAUGACAGAGCGAUCUACGAGGGGAUAUGCAGUCUUUUAUGGAGGAAAUUUGAUCGCCUGGAAUGCACAGAAACAAGCUACUCUUUCCAGGUCUAG